AUGGGAAAGACAAAUCCAUUUGAUAGUUCUUACUUACAAGUCAUAAAUUUCGAAAACAAGAUGGAGAAAUCCUAUUCCUUAUUUCGUUAGACUAUUAAUUUAAAAUUACAAAUACUUAGCAUGAUGAAGCAAAAAAAUAUUGCAGCUAUAGAGUUAAUUUCAAAAAUUGAAAGUUUAAAAAAAGGCACUUUCUAAAAAUAUUUAAACAGAUAAAAUGAAGAUGACAUAUUAAGUAGUAUGAUUAAUAGCGAUAAAUUUGAUGAAAAAACUUGUAUAAUAUUUGCAAGUUAUAAUGAUACUGAAAAUUUAACAAUAAAUUAAGUUUCUUCAAAUUUUUAUAAUUUAUUUUGCUUUACAAGUAGAGACCAUAUCUAUGAUAAAAAUAUUGAGUCUAUUAUACCUCUUGCAUUUCAGAGUGUACAUAAAAUGUAUAUCAAAUAAUAUUUAGAAGAUUCAAUAACCUGUGAUAUUUAUUCAAAUGAUACAAAUAAGCAAUUAGAAUAAAAUGAAUAAAAUAAUGAAAUUGAUGAGAAUGAAAAGAUAAUAUUUGCAUCUCUAAACUAAAUGUUCAUUUUACCUAUUAAAAUUGAUAUUAGAACAAACGAAUACAAAGAAAAUGGAAAGUUUGGAUUGGUAGCUAAAAUAAAACAAAUAAAUGAAGAAUACUAAUAUAUUUUAUUCAAUGAAACAGACCUAAAUGUUAUUGGUCUUACUCAAUAAAUGCAUGAAAUAUUCUUUCCUAAUUGUAACAAUCUCUAAAAAAUUAAUUUGAGAUAAAUUUUCCCCUUUUUGAUUGGAACUUAAAAUAAAACAAAAAUUGAAGAUUCACUUAUUUAAAAUAACGAAACGAUUUGCAACACUACUAAGAAAAAAAAAUAGUUUCAUGUGAAUUUAACAGAUGAUACGCAGUAUAUCCUUAGAGGAUAAUUAAAAGUUAAAAACAAAUUCUCAUUUAUAAUUAUAUAGUAGGCAGAUGAAACAAAAAAUACUUUUAACACUCCUUAUAGAAGUACAAAAAGAUUAAAUAAAGCUAAAUCAUAUAAAGAAAUUUCAUCAUAUAGUUUUAAUUAUGUAGAAUUAUUUGUUCGAAAAAUAAAAUAUCAUGGAGUAAAUAAUGUAAGUUAUGUUGAAGUAGUAAAAAUGAGAUAGCUAAAUCCAGCUAGUUAAGCUCAAAUAAUCCUUCAAGAAAUAACAAAUGUAAAAAAAUAAUAGAUUUAUUCUUAACUAUUUGAGUAUCCAAGUUAGCUUUAAAAAAUAAUCUCUGAAUUAGAAUUAAAUCAAAAUAUUAAUAGCUACUUAUAAUUUAAUAGCUUUUACACUUAGCUUCAAUAUAGCUCUAGAAAUUUUAAUUAAGGAAAUUAAUUAAUUAAAAUAAAAGAAAAUGAUACUCCUAUUGAUUUUACAUAAGUUGAUUUUAAUAAAUAAUAAUAGCUACUUAAAACUUUAGGCGAUGAAAGUACAAAUCUUGAGUAAUUUAAAAUAUCGUCAAAUAGAAUAAGAUACGAUGAUUUUAAUUAUUAAUCAGAAGAAAUGAGUAGGCUUACCUUAAAUUAAUUCAGAGAAUAAAAAAUAUUAUAAAAGUUGAAUGAAAAACUGCAACUUAAUUAGCUCUAUUAGAUGCAAAGUAAUAUUGCUUAAGAACAAACAUUUAUUUAGUUGUUUUAGGAAAACUAAAUAAGCAACAGCGAUUUAUAAAUUAAAGUAGAUUUUGCUAAUAAAAAUUUGAAUCAUUAAAACCCAAGAGAAGAUUACUUAAACAAAAGCAGCACUUAUGACUUACCUAGUCCUUAAAUAGCAAGUAUGAAUAUUAAUUCUAAUCAACAAUCAUUAGCUCAGCUAUCAGAUUAUAAUUUAGAUGCUUAAUAAAUAAAAUCACUUGAAUUUAUUUCAAAUAAAGAAAAUAUUUAUUUAGAUGUAGAAACUAGUAAUGAUGAAAUUAAUAAAAAAUAUAAUAAUGCAAUCAUGCCUUUAAAAAUGACUAAAAAUCCUAACAAAAUCUUUAAGUCAAAUAGCUUCAGAAAAAAUAAAAUUAACAAUACAUUAAAUGAUGCUCUAAGUGACAAAGAGAAAAAAAAAUUGAUGAAAAACUCUUAUUAGCAUAAUAAUGUUAAUUAGAUAUAAAAACACAAAAAAAAGUAGCAAGUUCAAGAUAUCAUUUAUGAUAUUGCUUCUAACACCUCUCAAAAUUCAAAUUAUACUCCAGUCAAGAGAUAACUAACACAAAUUAUGGCAGAUUAAUCAACCUUAAAAGUAAUAAAUCUAAUAAAAAUUAUUGGAGUUAUUUGCUUCAAUGUAAUGAUAUGCAUCACUUGGUCACAAUUUAACUCGAUGUAUGAAUAUCUGUCAGAAACAAAUUAAGACUACGAAGAUUUUGGCUGGCCUACAACUUAUUCUUCUUCUCUAAGUGAUAUCCUUAAAUAUAAAAAUAUUUAAUUUCUUACUAAUUAUACAAGAAUGAAUUUCACAGAUAUUCACUAAAAGUAAUUUUUUUAUGAUUAAAUACAAUAAAAUAUGGAGAAUACUUUCUCAGAUGUAUUAAAAUUGCUAGUUUAAAUGGAAAUAGCUAACUCAUAAAGAGAAGUAUUUAAUAGAGUAAUAGAAAAUAAAAUGACUUUUUACUUUGGAUAAUUGUACAACACAGCAUUGCUUAACUCAACUACAUCUAAUAGUGCUGAUUUAGUAUAAUACAAUUAUAGUAGUACCUUACAAUAUAGCAUAAUUUUAAAUGUUUAAAAUAUCUUCCGUUAUAUCAGAAACCUGGCUAAAGUCUACUAGCUAAGAUCAUACCUAUUAUAGAAUAUUGCGAUGCAUUUUAAUGUUUUAUUAAUGAAGGCAAAACCAAGAUUCAAGCCUAUGAAGCCCGAAAUUUAUUAUGAUUAUUUAUAAACACUAAUUUAAUAGUAAGAAGAUAUAAGUAAGGAUAUCUAAUGGAUAAUAAAUUCAUAGUAUUCAGAUUAAAGAUUUAAUUAAGAAUUGUACGAUAACUUCUUUUUUUCUGCUAUCAAAACUAAUUUGUGCUAAGAUUUUAAGAAUUAUCCUUAAUUCAAUACUAAUCCUAAAAAAAUAAAUGUUGAUUUAUGCGCUUCACCAGUUUAAAAGUUCUUAUAAAAAGGUUUCUCAGUAGCUUAUAAAAGUCUUUUUAGUACGUUUACUGAACUAUACAAUAUAUAUAUAAUACCAGAUGAUAAAAUAUCAAGAUAGAAAUUAGAAUUAUAAUUGAUUGGUUUGAUAGUUUUUUAAAUGGUAUUAAUGCUUUUAGUCUUCAUUUUUGGUUGGAUUACUUUCAUUGUUUAAUGA